GCGGGUGAGCAAGCAGGCGGGCUGAGACACGGCGGCGGCUUCCUCCAGAGGCUUGUGUGCGCUUCGAGGUCCUUUUCCCGCGCAGGAGGGCACGACUAGAUUAAACGGUGGUGGUAACAGUCCCGCCAACCCGGAGCUGCGCGUGCCUGGGCCGCUCGUUGCGCCGGUCAGCGUGGUGGGAAAGGGAUGCCGAAGCGCUCCUGCCCGUUCGCAGACUCCUCCCCGGUGCAGCUGAAGACGCGCGUGCGGCUGAGGGAGCUGAGCCAGGGCGUCAUGGGCGAGCGGUAUCGGCGCGAGAUCUUCGAGAAAACCAAACAACUGCUCUUCAAAGGCGCUCAAACAUAUAUGGACACUGCCUGCAAUGGAAGUGCAGUGGGAACAUAUCUAAUUGCACAGUAUCCAGAACCACUUAUAGACAGAUCAGAAAUUUGUUCUUGGCACAGAUGUAAUGGACAAAUGUUAAUUGGACAGGAUGGAAAACUUCGACAGCCCUGUGCAAGUGAAAUGGCUUUGCCAGUAGGAAUGUCAAAGACCUGUUCCUCCUGUAUAAGAACAGUUGACAUCAAAGAUGUUUGCACACAGUGUGAUCAAUACGUAUGCCAGAACUGCAGCAAAUUCUGCAGCUGUUGCAGUACCAUUGUUUGUUCCUUAUGCUCAGUUAUAGAAUCAGAGGAUGUUGGAGAUCAAAUCCUUUGCAGUGGCUGCUCAAUGUACAAAGAAUAAACAGCUGUUUUUAGGGACUGGUUAUCACCAGAUGUUGUAAAGAAACUUGCUUUUAAAUGAGUUUUUUGAGAUAUUGGAGUGCCUUUUUCUAAAUAUUGUAUAUUUCUGUAACUGUAGUUUAAUAUAAUAAAUAUUUUAUAUUUUGAUAAGACCUGAUUUUUGUGUGGCUUGAUAAAAUGUGAAUCUUAUAUCCCUUGUAGAGGAUAUGGAACAGAUUCUUAGUAUUCCCCACACAACCCUCAGAUUUGCUUUGUAGAGCUUGGAGACCCAUUUGUUGCAUCUGCAGGGGAUUAGGGGUUAGAGAAUUUAAAAAAUGUCCUAGUAAGCAGGGUGUGCUUACUUGAACAUACUUGAACAUAUUGCUUUUGUAGUAUCUAAUAAAACUAUAGAUUUGAUUUCUAAUUGAUAAUCACUAAUCUUAAAAUAGUUCUUGGCUUACCUGUAAUCUGCUAAUUCAUCUUUUGAAAACAAAGUGGCUCUCAACUCUUCUACCAUGUGAAAGAGACUUGCUAUCAUAUUUAAGAAGUUAAGAGUAUUUUUUUUUCUAUGAAAAAAUAAAACGAUGCAUGUCUUUCUGUAUUAAGCUAAAUGGUAAUGGGUACCAAAUCCACAGUCUUCAAACAGGUUAAACCAAACACACAGUAUCUCUUUUUACAGUGUUACAUAAUUGACACAGGCCCUUAAAAUAAUGACUGCUAAUGUGUGUGAUAUGCAAAAUUCACUUACAAGGGCAUGUUAUAGUUUGGUAUGAUUACAGUUUUACCAUAUUUUAAGAUCAGUACCACUUUAAUUUGAAUGUGAAAUCAAUACUACAAAUCUUACAUUCAAAAAAAAAUAUUUUCUUGUUUCAUUGUAUCCCAACAGGUAUUGCAUCAGAAUAUUCUUGGCAUUCUUAAUACUGUCUUUCUGAGAACUGAAUUCUCUUCCUCCUCCUGAAAUAUUGUUUCAUAUCUGCAAAUAAGUUCUUGGGUGGGGAAAUACAAGACUUUAUUGUGAUGGCGCAAUACUCUGAAACUGUAAUAAAUUCAGUUUGUUCACAGAGUCAGGAUUAGGAGUGAAACUGCCUUGGGUGAUGUGAACUGGGAGAAAGAGGCAAUAUGACCCAACUGAUUUGGGGUGGGAGUGGGGAGAGGAUCUCUUACUUGCUUUCGAUGCCAUCAGUAUGGUCUCCCUGCACAGGAGUUGAGUGUACACUGAUAGGGUGUUACAUUUAUUCCUGUAGGACUGUUUCCAGACAGUAGCUCUUGGGGACCAUGUACCAUUUAAAUUGCAGGGUGCCAUGAUGUUCUGUCUCGGUCCUCUUGCUUCUUAGCAACUGUCUGAGGACAUUAACAAGAGGUUAUUUAGGGAAAGAUGUUGAUAUCCAGUUCUAUGUUCAUUCCAUCUGUAUCAGGUGAAUGAGAUACAGGGUUUGAAUCAAUGCAGAUAACAGGGUUUGAAUCAGUUAUAGGCUGCAAAGAGCCAAUUAACAGGCUGAAACCUGAAUCACGAUGGCAUUUAUUGUGUAGUUCCCAAGUCUAUGCUGUGGGAAGAUAACAUGCUCUGGGCAAAAUCAGCAGAAUUCUGGAUCCAGCUUUGGCACUGGGUGCCUAAGUUGCAAUGGCUAGAAGUGCUAGUUCUGUUCUAGCUGGUUUACAAAUGGUUACUGGUCUCUGGCAGGCUGGAUACAGUUGGGGUGCCUCUGAAGACAUUUUAAAGUCACAAAUGAUGUGUAUGAUGUGUACUGUUAUACCUAUCCCAAGUUUUCAUUUGCUGCCUAGUUAUUUCUGAGGCUAGUUUAAGAUAGUGGCUUACAAAUGGUUUGAGAUACAAAUAUUUGGUGGAUUGUUUCUCCUAGUAUGCAUUAGCCCACCCAUGUUGCCUGGGGAAAGGGCUUUUGGUGCUUAUGAUUAUGGAAAUUACCACUCACCUAAGUGGUUCCUGUCUCAAUCAUGGCGCCCUCCUCUACAAUGCAAAUGUUGAUUUUAUCUAAUAUAGAUUUUAAUUAUGUUAAUACUGCCUUGUUUAUAUUUUGUAUUUUUCUUACUGUUGUAAACUUCCUUGAUUGUCAGACUGCUAGAAGAAAGGGUAUAAAUCCAAGAAGUAUUUUUUUAAAUGAAGCUGUUUUAUACGUUCUGCUUUUGUCCGCACUAGUAUAUUAUUUCCUAUCCAAGAAGAGAGUUGUUAACAGCCUUUUAAUUAGCAAUUGAGCCAGGAUUUUUACAUAAAUGAAGUAUGUGAUCUAAUAAAAGAGAAAA